ACGGGUGUGAAACGGAGCGGUUUUCUCCGCCCGAUCUCAGAUACUCAGAGCUGAAAGUGACUCUAAUGGCGACAGAGAAUCAGAGCGGACUGAAUCAGAGCGGAACCGAGCGGCUGGAUUCACCCUGCUUCACUCCCCGGCACUCCUCAACACUCCCCAACACUCCAGCAGCGCUCCGACCCCAGACCUGCUGAGGAGAGAGGACCAGCCCGGGGUGAUCUGUGAGUGAGAGUGAGAGUGAGAGCCGCGCCGAGCUGAGCAGGUAUGAUCGACACACCCAGAUGUAAUAUGGACUCACAAAGGAACCAGUGGGAGCCCAGCCAGACGCACCCCUGGAUCACCCGAUUGGCUGGUGGUGAACGAAGCCCCGCCUCCUCUGGGGCGGAGUCAGACACCGAGGGCAGCAGCACUGAAAGCGAGUGGUCCCAUGUCAGACGGAUGGACCCCACCAAGGCCUUGACCACACCCAGCGCACUGCAGCAGCGAAUCACAGAACUCGAUCAACAGAGGGAGGAGCUAAAGAUAGAGCUGCAGUUGGAGAUCGCUCUGCUGCGAGGGGAGCUGCAGACGGAACAGGAGAAUCUGCGCAGACACACUGCACAGCUGCAGACGCUGAAGGAGACGAGCAGGCAGAAGCAGACGCAGACGCAGGCCGUCAUACAGCAGGAGCGCGAGCAGCUGGAGAAGGAGAGGCUGAGGGUGGAGGAGCUGAAGAAGUUGUGGACGGAGAAAGAGAAGAAACUCCACACUCAGCCAGAGAGCCAGAAGGAGCAGCUAAUGACCCAACUCCAGCAGGAGAAGGACACAGUGGACGGUGCAGUGCGGGCGUUUGAGGACUGGGAGUUCCGCAUUCUGGAGCUGGAAAGCGGCCUGGAGGAGGAGACCAGCCACGGAGAAACGGAGAGAGAGAUCAGCCGAGAGGAACACGCUGUAAACAUGGCUCAGGAGCGAGUCCAGACGCUGGAGCAGCAGCUGAGAGAGAUGGAGAGAGAGAAGGAGAGAGAGAUGAAUUCACUCCGUCAGGAGAAGAGAGAGCUGAUCCACAAAUCACAGCGGAUUUCAAAAGAGAAAACUCUCACUGAUUGGCCCAGAAUCACUGGCCCCGCCUCCAGCAUGACAUCACUGUCUCCGGUGACCUCUCACAAACCAGCACAGGACCCGCUGAAGGAGCUGUCGAGUUUACCGCGCAGACGCAGUUCCCACCGCAAGACCGCAGAACGGCCGCUCUCAACACAAGGGCUGGUGAGGAUGGGACCCGACAGGUUGAGUCCUGAAGCUCUCACUCCUCCUCUUCCUCACCCUGCACACAGACUCGUUAACGGGAAUGCUAAUGGUAGGCCUAGCGCUAACGGGAACACUAAUGGAAGGCCUAAUGCUAAUGGGAACGCUAACGGCUUUCUCACACCAUGUAAUAGCACCAACAGCUCCAGAGCUCCCAGCCCCAGUCUGUGUCUGCUGGACCUGGUGGAGAUCGAGAGGAAGCUGCGUGAGGCUAAAGCGGAGAGAGAACGGCUGCUGAAGGAGAGAGUGAGUCACACAGAGAACCGGAGAACUGAAGAGCGAAGACAGAAGGAGCUGGAGGCACUGAACACACACACUCACACACACCUCAGCACACCUCAGCACACCACCACAAACACACCUGAACACACUCCCCCCGACACGCACUCCAAAACACCCCCCGACACACACACUGAGGAGGAGCACAGAGUCAGCCCAGCUCACAAAGCCCCCCAGCAGGGUGUCCCCCUGUCCCUGACGGUGAACUUUGACCUGCGGGCUCAUGUGGAGUCUCUGGGUCACGGCGUGCAGGGGUGUAUGGGUGUGAGUUUAUCUGCGCGAAGGUGCGAGGGGUUCCUGACGAAGCGUGGAGGCCGAGUGAAGACCUGGAGGAGGAGAUGGUUCCUGUUUGAUCUGGACCACCGCAGACUCGCAUAUUACACCGAUCACGAUGAGAGGAAGCUGAAGGGGGUGAUCUACUUUCAGGCCAUAGAGGAAGUUUACUAUGACCAUCUGCGUACAGCUACCACAUCUCCUCGGCCCAGCCUGACGUUCUGCGUGAAAACAUACGAACGGCUCUUCUUCCUUGUGGCUCCGAGCGCCGAGAGCAUGCGGAUAUGGAUGGACGUCAUCGUCACGGCAACAGAUGAGCACAGCAGAUACUGACCACCGUUUGCCGUGGCGACCUCAAACCUGGAGUCGCGUGAACCAGCAAUAAGAGACCACAUUCGGAGAACAUGGAGCCUGAGCCCAGAGCAGCAGUGAGGAGGGAACACAAACCAGCCUGGAAAAGCUGAGCCGAGCUUACAGGAGUGAACUGAACACACAAAACCCAAAACAGGACUCGGCGGACCCUCAGAACCGCCAGAAAAGAGAGACAGUGGGCGAGCAGGUCUGUGGGACGACACAAAACACAAACUUUCAGAGGGACUUUUAACCUCUGUGGUGUCUGUUCUAUUUACAAACCAGACAGAAAGGACAAAAGUCCCGCACGCUUCACAAAAAAACACCAGAUACACAGCGAUAUGAGAUCUCACAGCUUUAUAGUAAACGUAGAGCUGGGCAGUAUGGCAGAAAUAAUAUUGUGAUACUUCACAAUACACGGUAUGUCACAGUAUGGACGUCUGAUCAGCUGGAACUGAGACAAAAAGAGACGCAUUUAAAAAUAAUACUAUCAAAAACUGUGAACACUGAUUUUUAUUCAAUAUUUGGCAAUAAAUCCAGUUAAACAGACUAAUUUUGCUCUCUUUAUAAUGAAACAUGCAGCUGUUUAGUGUUUACAAAUACUGAUGAUAUCAUAUGUUCAGAAAAGCAUACACAGUAAGUACUGUCACAUAAUUUAUCACAAUAACAAUAUAUAUAUAUGUAUAUAUUCACUGUGUGAAAAUAACAUUUAAAAAGCUGUUUAUCUGGACAGUACGUGUUUAUAUUUACCGUUUCCUGCCCUCUCAUCAAGGAAGCCCAGCAGUUACAGCUACCAUCCAAUACCUGAUUUACCUUAUCAAUACUUUAUUAUGCUGAAUCAGGUGCUGGUGAUGGAAUCGAACCAAUAAAAAGCUUUGUUCUUCAGACUAGCUCACAAGAUAUCAACCACUUUUUCUUUAAAACAAGGAAUUCUUGUCUGUAUUUACUGUGUUUAUGUUUAUCUGUAUUUAUUCUGGUGUGAUGUUGGGUUUUCACUGACAGGGAACACCUGAUAAUGACUUUAAACAAUGUGUUUGGGUGCCUGAAACUACUGAAAGUGCCUUAGAGGCAACUACAAAUGCAACAUUAGUUCCACUGAUGGUCACACAGCGUGCGGGAAUAUUGACCUUGUGCUCUUUCAUAGAACAGACACCGUUAAAGGGCCCAUAUCACACAUUUUUCUUGCAUUUUGUUUUUUCGUCCGGACCACUUUCCAUCCCAUCUUUAUCUCUCAGAAUUAAAACGGGCCGUUUCUGUUACUGUUUCUUUAAGGCUGAUAUAUGUAAAUGAGCUCUAUUCUGAUUGGCUGCCCUGUCUUGAGCCUGGAGCGUGAACGCUUCUUAUAACUUCAGUGUGAGUGGGCGGGGCUAAACUGCUGUAGGCUGAAGAGGUGGAUACGCAUGUAAAUGUGUUGGUGCGACUGAUUGUGCAGGUCAGGGUCUGUAUAUGGACCGUAUGGACAGGGACUGAAUGGUACACUUUGAAACUACUACAUCUAAGUCUCUUAUUUAAAAAAUGCAAGUAAAAUUUAACCUUCUAUGAUGUGGCCCUUUAAAAUCACAGGUUAAAAUUCACAGAGGUUAUAGAGUUUGAUGCCAGUUUGUUCAUCUAAACUGACCACAGGGACUCCUCUGGAACGUUCUGGUCUGAUGUGUUCACCUCUAAAAGGUACUUUUGGUCAUUUCUGAAUGGACUUCUGUGGACUAACACCACGUGUGCUGAUCCAGCGGUCUCUAUUCUGAGCAGCAGCUCUUAUUUAUGUUAUUAUUCAGGGUAAAUCUGCUAUAUGAUUGGCUGCUGCCACCUUGUGGUCACUCGGAGAACACUAAGUUACUGUGAGGUACAGGGAACUUUAAUAAUGCUUCUUAUACACUAUUUAUUACGGGGUUACAUUGUUUAUGAUUAACAUUAAAGUGUAAAAACUUGAAGAAUGUAAGUGUGACUGUUACAUACUGACCUAUUUGUGCUUCCUUUGUCUUUUUCUUCUGGAUUUCACGAACAUAACUCCUACAGUUACUCUCAUUCUUAAUUAUUCAAUAAAGAUUUUAAGACAGUUUUACCUGUUCGGUCUGAA